GAGGCAGAUCGCUCGAAUCGAGAAACCAUCGAAGAGCUCGAAGAAGAAGUUCGUUCAUUGCAAGAGAAGAUGUCCAGCAUGGAGAAUUUGGAAGAGGAAACGUCGAAGAAAAUUGCAUCCCUCGAAGGUGCAAAUAAAGAUCUGGAAGAAACGAGGUUCGAUAUUCAGUGCUCGAGCUGA